AUGGACGAAGCCUGGGCCAAGACUCACCAUGGCUUUGCGGAUAUUGCAUUUGCGUUUGACAUCGAUGGUGUGCUGUACAAGGGACAGCGAGGUAUUCCUGGUGCUAGAGAGAUGUUGCAGAAAAUUAGACAGCUUGGACUGCGCUACGUGUUUUUGACGAAUGGCGGAGGCGCGCAUGAGAAUGCCAAGGUAGCCUCGCUGGCGAAGCGGCUGGGCCUUGAGAAUCCUGACUACGUGCUGAAGGGCAGAGUGAUUCUGUCGCAUACGCCCAUGCGAGGCUGGGACGAGGAUGUUAAAAAGAACGGAACGGUGUUGGUGACGGCAUCGGAGCCUGAGACAGCAAGGCAGCUGGCCAGAGAAUAUGGAUUCGAGCGAGCAGUGACACCGGCAGAUCUGCUCGCUGCGAAUCCACACAUUUACCCAUUUGCUCACCUUCGCGACAGCCUCCACAAGAAAGUUUCGCCGCUACCAGACGGCAAGAGCGCUGCCGCCAUCACAGACCCGUACAGUCGUGAUAUACCGUCGAAUGCGCUCAAGAUUGACCAGAUUCUGGUGUGGAACGACCCGCGGGACUGGUCGCUCGACAUCCAAGUCAUCCACGACCUGCUCGUCUCGCACCGUGGCUAUCUCGGCACCAUCUCGACCAAGAACGGCGACAAGGCGCUCAUCGACGCCGGAUGGCAGCAGGACGGACAGCCGGACCUCUGGAUCUCGAACCUGGACCUGGUGUGGAAGACGGAAUACCCGGUGAACCGAUUCGGCACGGGGGCGUUUCUGGAGGCGCUCAAGGGCGUGUGGGCGGCGGUGACGGAGGGCGCGGCGCCGCUGCGGUAUGAGGCGCUGGGAAAGCCGUCGCGACACACGUACGAGUACGCGCACAAUCGGCUGCUGCAUGGAGAAGACGUGGCAGAGGGUGAGAGGAAGAGGCGGCGGCCGCUGCGCAGGGUGUACAUGGUCGGGGACAAUCCGGAGAGCGACAUUCGCGGGGCCAACGAGUUUACGCCGCCGGACGGCGCGCAGUGGGAGUCGAUCCUGGUGCGUACGGGCGUAUUUCAGCCUACAAAGGCGGAGCCGGAGCCGCGGUAUCAAGCGACGGUGGUGGUGGACGACGUGGUGGACGCGGUGGUGUGGGCACUGCGGAACGAGGGUGCGGAUGUGUCGAGGGAGUGGCUGCUGUCCAAGUGA